CAAGCAAACCCCGUCCCCCUCCCGAUCCAGGACGCGAAGUUCGAGUCGAACCCGCGACCACCGCUCUGCUGCUCUCCGGCGAUUCGUUCCGCAGAGAAGCUGAAAUUUCCUUCCGCAUUGAUCUUCCAAUCGCUCUGUGGGUUCAUCUCGUGUUCUCUUUCCGCCUGAAUCUCCGAGAACCCCACUUCCAGUUCUGUGAAGGCGUUCAGGUUUGCGAAGGAUAAGGCUAGCGUUCCAUUUUUUUUCCUUUUGUUCUCGGCGGCAACAUGUACGCGGAUAGGUUGCUGGCUGCUGGGAGUAAGCGGUCCGUGAAGGAGCGACUUAACGAAGAUUUUGACGAUAGAGUCUCUCUUGGCAGGCAGUCUAAUCCUAAAAGGCAGCGUCAAGAUGAUGAAAAGUGGAAACAUGAUUUAUACGAGGAUGGGGAACUGCCCCGAGUUUCAAAUCCCAAGUUAGGGGCAAAAGACCUACGAUUAAAGCUCCAGAGAAGGGUUUCAACGAAUGCAUCUGCUUCAGGAAAUGUUUCUCAGUCAAGAGAUCUUCGAGAAAAGUUGUCAGGUAUAAUGCAUUCUCAACCACUGGACAAUGACGUGCCAAAGAACAGGACACUAUCAGACACCAAACUUGUGAAAAGAAGUUCUCCAGCAGCUGCCAUAACUGAGAAGAAGGCUGACAAUCCUCCUACUGUGAAAAAUACUAAGCAGAAGUCUGAAUCAUCAGUGGCUGCUCUGCUGAAGUCUUUGGACUUGGAGAAGUAUUUGAUUACGUUUCAAGCGGAGGAAAUUGACAUGGCUGCUCUUGUGCACAUGAGUGAUGAGGAUCUCAAAGCAUUGGGAAUUCCGAUGGGACCAAGGAAGAAAAUACAUUUGGCUUUGAAAUCCAGACGACAUAAUUGAAGCUAUCUCCUCCCUAUCUCAUUGUUGCCUAAGUUGAUUGUAAACAACAUCAUCCUUUUGAAGGAGCCUACUAACAGACGAGGAAGAUGAACCAGGAACAUAUUUUCUGACAUUUGAAGAUUUCUGGAAGUUGUAUUCUAAUCGUAGAAGCACACUGGGUUCUGGUGCACCGAUGCCAUCGACACUUUUCACCAGACACUUCUUUCUAGUCUUGGUUUACGCUGAACAGUUUCAAAAAGUUUUCUUUACUUGGAAUUAUAAAAAGGAAUAUGUAUUAAGCAUGGUCAUUAUAUUUAAUGUGUCUUCUCUUUUCUCGAUCUAUU